UUCCUGUACGCAGAUGCCGCAGCUAGUUCAGCUCAUUUUUGCUGUAUUUGGUGCGAUUAAAUCAAGGCUACAUGUAUAAUGAAGCAGCCGUCUAUUUUUAAACUAACAGUAUAAUAUACUGUAUACAGUCCUGGAGAUCAGCUAGAGAAGAUUCAGCUACCCUAACUGGUAGACAGUGUCUGACCUUUCAUGACCUUUGCCCUUUUUGGUGACCUGAGUUCAACCCUUCCUUCCAGAUGUUAUUUUCAAUGCUAGCCAAUCAGCAGUGCAGUAGCGUGUCACAUGACCCUCAUAUUGACAGUCCCUUACUGCUCACAUGCUGCCCUGGAAGCCAUUUUGUGUGCUGUGUUAAACUAGUGUAUGAUGUGAAUUAGAACUGUGAACACUGCAGGCUGUGUUGAAUUUGACUAUAGCCUCUGUGAACCAAAAGUUACAGGAUGAAUGGUAGGAAGAUGGACUCCUCCAUGACCACACGGUCUAAAGGUUCCCAGGCUCACAACAUUACAGGAGCUGAGAAUGAUGAAGUGUGUGGUGCUAAAAGAGUCAGCAGAAGUAACAGUUUCUCCAGUGUUUCAAGUCAUACCAGCAAUUCAGAGACCACUCCAACAGUCAAAAGUCACCACAGAACAAGGUCAUCCGCUAAUUCCUCAAGAUCAAACACACCAACGCCACCUGUUGGCAAGGAGGGGAGACAAUCAAACCCAAGUACACCAGUCACUGGGACACACAAGACAAAAGACUCUAAGCCCACUCCAUCUUCUGGGAAGAAGCGGUCACUGGCAUCCAUGUUGGAGGCAGGUGACACCCCUACUGUCCCACCCCCCAAACUGAGGAAGAUAGGCAAGAAUGAUGGGACUGGUGUGAACAACAAGAACGAUUACUUCUGUUGGAUGUGCCACAGGGAAGGCAACGUGAUUGUGUGUAAAGUCUGUCCCAGAGUCUACCAUACAAAAUGCCUAGGCUUGCAAAGUAACCAGCCCAAGGACUGGGUGUGCCCAGAGUGUGAGAAAAUUCUACGGGCAGAAUGCGUGGAUACGAGGUCCAAAUCUAUGUCAAUGAUCACGCUGGACCAGCUGUGUAUGCUGCUGAAGUUUGCCCUGGAGAGAAUGCAGCACCCCACGAGUGGGCCGUUUGAGAAGCCUGUAGACCUGGCUGCUGUACCUCUGUAUGGGGACUACAUCUAUAACCCCAUGGACCUAGGACUGCUAGAGAAGAACAUAGACAGUAGGAUGUAUGGCUGUACAGAAGCUUUCCUGGCUGAUGCCAAGUGGAUUCUGCACAACUGUAUUAUCUACAACGGGACCCACCACAAACUAACUUCCAGCGCUAAGUUGAUUGUUAAGAUUUGUAAACAUGAGACAAACGAGAUAGAGAUCUGCCCUGACUGUUACAUGAACUCAUGUCUACAGAGGAAUGACAACUGGUUCUGUGAGCCUUGUAGAACGCCACACACACUGGUCUGGGCCAAACUUAAAGGCUAUCCUUUUUGGCCUGCAAAGGCUCUCAGGGAAGUGGAUGGUCAGGUAGAUGUGCGAUUUUUUGGUGCUCAUGACAGGUCCUGGGUUCCAGUAUCACAAGUCUUCCUUCUCAGUGAAACAAUACCUACAGCGUUUCGGAACAAGAAAGCUGGAGGGUUUGACCAGGCCAUGGAGGAACUUCAAAUACAUAUAGACAAGAUAAGGGAGGAGUUUGGAUCAUAUGAAUAUGCAGAAUUCCGCACGCCGUAUGACAAGAAUAAUGUCUAUCUGCACAACAAGAUGAAAAUCAACGACAAAACAGCAGCAAAGUCCGCCAAAACACUUCUUGCCAAGUCUCCAAAGACUGCAAGUUCUCCAAAAACCGCCAAACAAAUUAAAGCGAGUCCUGUUCAACUCAAAGGAGCAUCCGAUGCAAAGUCAGGAGAACCCAAAUCAACCGCAGCCAAAACUGCAUCUGCUGUGAAGAUCAAGUACAGCAGUAUUAUCACUACCAGGAGAGCUGCAGCUGCAAAAGUUGCUGCAGUUGAUAAUACACCAAUGGAGACGGAGAGUGAUUCCGUUGUGAGCUCAACAGUGGGUGCCUCAGUUACGCCUGACAGUGUUUCUGUGACAGACAAAGCCCACAAUGCUGACCCAAUCCAGCCUAAACUGGUUCCUGCCGGAUCAGAAUUGUCCGUUCCCACUAGAUCAAUAGUACAUAUUCCCACUGGAUCAAUAGUUCCAAUUAGAUCCACUCCAGCAUCCAGUGGUAAGGCUGCAACAACAACGCUACCAUCGGUACUGACGCUGAAACCGGGAGAUAUUCAUCGGCUGCGAAUCCAGAAAAUAGCUGUUGCGCCCAAGCUUGAACAGGCUCUGACGAAUAUGGCUGAAAAAGAUCCUGGUGUGAGAUUAAGGACAGGUCAGGGUUUGUUGCAGAGCAGUGUGAUGAAAGAUAAAGAAAAUAAUGUUGAAAAUACUCAGACAAAAUCAGGUGAUGAAUUAAAGACAGUAAGUUUAUCUCCGACUUUGAGCAAGGCUGUUUCUAGUGGAGACGUAAACCCACACACAAGUGACUGUAAAAAUGUGACUUCAACUGUGUGCAAUGCAAGCAUGGGUCAUGUAGACUCUGCAGGGCUUGUCACAAGUGAAAGGGCUGUUUCUAAUACAAAUGUGGGUGUGAUGAAUUCUUUACAGGGUGAAGGUGGAAGAGGUUUGAGUGAAAAACAUGCAAGCAGUGGUAGUGGUGACCAUAAGAGUGUAUUGCAAUUCAAAAGUAAUGUGACUUCAAAUGAAAGCAAUGUGACUUCAAAGGAAAGUAAUGCAAAUUACGGUGUCAGUGCCACUGGUGACUGGGCUAGAACAGAUAUCAAGGGCAGUGAAAAUAGUGCUUGUCUUGGAAAGACAAAUGAAAACACAGACAGUACAAUUGGUACAGAAUGCAAGAUAGCUGCAAGUGAUAACAGUGAUCGUAUUGAAAAUGUCAAGGAUGAAUUUCCUGCUCAAAAACUGGAACAGGACACUUCAGUAAGGGAUAACAGUGCUGCUAGUGUGACUGAAAAUAGGGAAGUAAGCGACAGUGCCAUAUUUGAGGACAGUCAAAGCAGUUCUGUAAAACAAUCUACGAUUGAUGACGGGACAUCUGCUGGCAGAAGUACAGAGGUCUCGCUGGGCGGAAAACCUGGAUGGGACCAAGUCACGACUGAGAAUAGAACUCAGGAGUCAUCACAAGCUCAGAAGAGUGCAGAAGUUUCCCCGGGAAAGUCUCAGUAUUUAGUAGGAUUGAGCAAGACGAUAGAGUCAUGCAAGGCAAAGUUGGGGAUAGACGGGAACCUGGAUGACCUCCCCUUACCUCUGGACGGCGCCUCGACGGAGGAGGACUCUGAGGAUCGGAGCGACUCUGAGGUUGGAAGUGACAGUGACGAAGAUUUGGAGGAUCCAGCUAGUUCUACAGAAGUAGAUAAGACUACCUUAGAAUCAACCAAUCAGAAGCAAGAGAAAACUGAACAGGUGUCAGGACAAGAUACGCAGAAAGAUGAAGAUUCAAACUGCGAUGAUGCUGGUCUGAGCAUGUCAUCCCAGGAAUCUGGGACGAGCAUCGCAGAGAAGAUGUCUCAAGGUAGCACGAGUAAGAGUACACAAGGCAGCUCUGGUGAUGUCACAGGGGGUCAGAGUGCUGUGUGCAGAAAGAGACUGUCUGAAGAUGAUGAUAGUAUACCAGGAGGAAAAGCUGUCAAUUCACACGUUGCUGAGGAGAGUAGUGUGAAAAAGGCAAAGCUGGAGGAAAGCUCAGACAAGUCGAAGGUCAGCAGUGCAAGGGAGACAGUUGUGUCAAAAUGUUAUGCGGAGAAUACUGAGGACGUGUCAGAGACAGGUGGUUUGAUAAUGGAGGUGGACACGGAUACAGACAGUAACAAUCUGGUGAUUGACCUUGAUGAAAACGAUGUAGUGUUGACACCGAGGAAACCCAGUGCUCAAAAAGACUCUCAGGUGAACGCAGCCCAAAGAAGUCCUGAUGUAAGCCAGGACAAAAGUUGUGAAAACCAAGGGACGCCUUCCCCACCAAAGGAUAAACACAUGGAUAGUGCCACAAAGUCUUUCAAAGCCUCAAAAGAGGCGAUAAACAUAGCAACAUUGUCUAGUUUAGGCGUUCAGGGGGCGCAACAGUUGAACAGUUGUCCCAAAAAAGGAGUUGGUCGACCAAGGAGUGGAUGCCAGGACGUAAGUCGCAGUAGAGCGAUCGUGUCUGGAACUAAAACGUGGCGACCAUUUAAAGUGUCUGACCCGCCAACUACCACGCUAGAGAACAUCACGUCUGUGGCUGUAUCUUUGAACACAACGCGCACAGUUUCUAGUGUGUCCUCUAAGUUUGUAACAGCAUCUUCAGGUCUGACCACGCCUACUGCAGUAGCCACACCCCCAGUUACUGUCACCUCGCACAGUGGUAACGUGCGGCCAACUUUAGUAUCUGCAACACCCACAUUACUUACUCUGAAGGGCAUAGAUGGCUCCAAUCAACUCCUUAAAGUCAUGUCUUUUGGGAACACGCCUCGACACAUAGCCCCUGCCCCCAGCACCCAGACACUGCCGAGCAACGCCUUUCUGGUGUCCGUACCCCCACCCCUACCCCUUAUCAUGAGCCCGCAGAGGAAAGGGUCACAGCAGCUAGCUCAGGGGCAGACAGCUGUGCCAGGAACCAUUCUGCCACCAGGGGUGACAAGCCCGUGUCAGCCUCAGCUCCAGACCGCCUUAGACCUGUCGUCGGUGCACAAAAUUAACGUGGAGAAAUACUCAGAAAAGAUAGCAGUGGCUGUGAAGGAGUCUGUAGAUGAGAUGUACAGAGACUUGUCUAGCAAGAACACCUUCCAGACUGGCAUGAAAUACCUGCAGCUGGAAUUGGAGCAGCUAAAGUGGAGACAUAAGAGAGAGAUAGAAGAGAUUAAACACAAUGUGGAAUUGACUUUAUCAGAAAUGAGGAAAGGGAUGGAAACAGAAAAGCAUGCAUUGGUGGAAGAACUAAAGAAGAAAUACGAAAAGGAUGUUAAAAAAGCUGUUGAGAAGACAAAGAAAAAACAGUGGUGUUCUAACUGUGGGAAGGAGGCCAUCUUCUACUGCUGUUGGAACACCAGCUACUGUGACUAUCCCUGCCAGACAGCUCAUUGGCCACAGCACAUGGAUAGCUGUACCCAAUCACAGAGCCCUGAGCAGUCAGCUGUCCAAACCAACCAAUCACAUUCCACAAAUGCUCAAACACCUCAAGCUGGGAAAACUGUGCCUAGGCAGGGAAGUGCCAUAUCAGCAAACAAGGAGGGAAAUUCAAGGUCAACACAGAGAGAUGAUUGGGUUCGAGACAAUAUGUCAUCAGAUCUUCUAAUUCAGCAGGAACAAAAUGAUAUUGGAAGGCGUGGCUUGCUCAGUGUGUCAGCCAAUGGGACAUCGCAUAUGAGAAACUCAUCCAAUCAGAUUCUCACCUCGAAUUCCACUCUGGUUCACGGGGGAUCGGCAAACCCAAGCCCAUACAGUGGGACGCGACAGCUGGCUGGAGAUCAGACCCCAUUACCCCAGGUCGGUCAGGUCAUGUCGGGACAAAUCCGUCAGUUGACUCAACCAACCAUGGGCCUGACGGAACAGAUGCUACGCGGGAACAAAGGAGGACAACUCCUGUCACAGAGCCGCCAAAUGCUCCAGACUGGCCAAGGGGGACAACUUCUGCAGGCAGACACAUUACAGCUACAGUUCAUCACUCAGCAGCAGGGGCAGGCACCCCACCUCCAGGCUUGUCAGGUGACUGGGCCUCACCCACAGUCACACCACGCCCAACUCUCUCACCCUCACCCCUCGCCCCACCCUCAGCCACACCCACCACUGCCCUCCCAUCUGCGAGGCUAUCACUCCGCUGUCCACCAGGUAUCUCUACCCUACUCAUGCAUGGAUCUACUCGCUGGAGUGUCGUUCAGUAGGCUGGACAUUUUCUCAACCUUUUCACAUGUGAAACAACAACUACAACUUUAGACAUAUUUAUUGUGUUAUUUGUAAGAACCAUUCUAAAGCAUUACUGUUGGUGCCGAAGUAUAUGUUUUUCCAGUUGUAUACCAUUUUACCAUACAAACAAGCCUCAAAACAUCUUUUUGAUACCAGUAAAAAGUAGAAACAGUGAAUCUGGCAGUAAGAGCAACUUAUUCAUGGACAAAAGUUUAGGGGUGUCUAUUCUUGAUACUAAAACGCAUUUCAUUAGUUGCCCAGUCUUCUGUGUAGCAUUGCAGAUAAAUACGGACAAGAAAUUCAGUAGUUAAAAUAAUGAUUUUCUGGAUUUCUGAAAAUAUUUGCUUGACAACAUGUGAAUAUUCACUUGACAACAUGUGAAAAGGGUGAAAAAUUCAGACAGAUUGCUGUGGUUUCAACAGAGCAUGCUCUAUCAUCAGGUGGUAGUAUCCUUCAUGUAGAUCAGCAUGAAACUCACUCUUACAUCAAAUCUUGCAUGGCAGUUAUGUGAUAAGUUGGUAGUACUCAAGAAACUUUCCAGUAUUGCACCACUACCUGGCUAUUAG